UCGAAUGGUACAAUUAAGCUCAAAAUGAAUCUAGCUAUUCAUAAAUUUUUAUUUAAAUUCUGGAUAAAAAUGUAAGAGAAAGAAAUAACUAGGGGAUUUCUAGAGGGAAUUGUUUUCACUCCAGAGGAGCUGCUGAUUGGCACUUGGCAACAUUGGAUUUCAUGUCUAAUAUGAAACGCUAUCAAUACUAGUGGGCACGCCCUUCAGGAAGAUACGCAGUUACCAAUAUAACCGUAGAGCCGAAGCUCAAUCUCAAACAACUCGUAACUUUCACGAACAACAUUUCGUACAAAGACCGGAAAAGUGAAUAUAAGCGAAGAAUCAAGUUUGAAUCCAACUAUGCAGUUUACAUUUGAAUUAUAUAAAACAAUUGUAAGUUCAGAAGAAGGAAAUGUAUUAAUUUCACCUCUAAGUGUAACUGUUGCUUUGAGUAUGACUUUAAUGGGAGGGAGGAGUAAUACUGCUGAACAAAUGAAGAAGGUUCUAAUUAUGGAAAAUAAUGAAGAAACAUUUUCUAAAUAUUCUGAAAUUAUUUCGCAUUUUUGUGAAAAUUCCGAUACUGUAAAAAUUGCGAAUCGAAUGUACUUGCAGAAAGAUUAUUCCAUUGAAUCAGAUUUUACGUCCAGUCUUAAAAAAAUAUUUCGAAGUGAUUGUGGAAUUGUCGACUUCAUAAAUGAUUCGAUUAAUGCAAAAAAUAGCAUAAAUUCAUGGGUAUCGUCAGUAACAGAAAAUAAAAUUAACGAUUUGCUUGGUGAUGUUGAACCAUCAACCCGUCUUAUACUGAUUAGUGCUAUUUAUUUCAAAGGAUUUUGGGCUAAGAAAUUCUCCACAUCUUUAACCGAAAAACAUCCUUUUUAUGUAACAAAGGACAAGACUGUUAAUACUGAUAUGAUGUAUCAAAAAGGAAAAUUUGGAUACCUGGAAGAUGAGGAAUUACAAGCUCAAGUACUUCAGUUACCUUAUGAGAAAGAUGCAUUAAGUAUGAUAAUCAUUCUUCCAUCUGAAAUAGAUGGACUAAAAGAAAUUGAGAAUAAACUGAGUUCAAAUAAAUUCAAUAGUUUAUGCAAUGAAGUUAAAAGCGACGUACGAAAAUUACACGUCUUAUUACCGAAAUUUAAAUUGGAAAGUGCAAUAAAUUUAAAAGCUGUACUGUCGAAAAUGGGUAUAACAGAUUUAUUUGAUCCAACCAAAGCAGAUUUGUCUGGUAUCAAUAAUAAUAGAGAUUUAUACGUUGACGAGGUGAUACAUAAAGCAUUUAUAGAUGUGAAUGAAGAAGGAACAGAAGCAGCAGCAGCAACCGCAGUUCUGGUUCAAAAUUGUUGCCUUGAAAUAAUACCGGAAUUCAAAGCAGAUCAUCCUUUCUUAUACUUUGUUGUCGAUCAUAGAUACAACAAUAUUUUAUUCAUUGGAUCAUUGAAAUUGCCACAGUCUGCAAAAUAAUUUUUUGGUGAAUUAUAAAUCAUAAUUACUUGUAUUAUGGCUUCAGGACUUCCAUUUAAUAUCGGACAUAAUGUAGAAUGCAUUCUUCCAAAAUGCAUUUCACAAUAAAAUAUAUACAUGGAAAAGAAAAGAGUUUGUUUUACUUUUAUUCUGUGUGUCUCCUUGCCUCGAUUAUAAUAAAUGUCUGAUAUGAAAUGGUGAUGUUAGAGCCAUAAUACAAGUAAUGGGCAAUCAGACAAGAAGCAAUUCCAAAGACUAAAUCAGAAAUUACUAAUAUAUUAUAUUUAUUUAUUUAUAUGUAAAGAAAGCUAAUUAAUUUAAUUGGAAUUAAAAGAAACUUCAAAAGAACAAUAUUGAAUUGUU